UCGUGCUCGCCACGGAGGAUGGGUGACGCGGAGGAGGUAGACAUCAGCGCAGUCGGCUAUCUGCUCCUGCACGGAGACGCUCGCGAUACCUCUUCCUCCUGCUACGUUGGUGUCUCCGACGCACGGUGCGUCCUGGCGAACGCCAGGUGGAAAACGAAUCUAACGAGGUUUAUGAGCGACGAGUUUCGCGUCUUCCCGCAAUGCGAUAGAUCGCGCAAAGCGGCUCGAUGACCACGCGAAGAAGGGGAAAAGGCCUGGAUGAAGAGACACGAGAAUGUCAUGAUCCGGAGAAGCUGAAGACCAUAUAAUAACCAUCCGUGGACUACGGGCGGUGCACGAUGCUGGUACCGCCUGAUAUGAUUUCGUCCCACUCCAGGAUGGUCUAUCAGUUUAACAAGUACUUCGGCGAACGGGUGAUGACGAGGAAGAGCCAGGUGGCGAAGACCAUUCAGGAGGUGUGCCGAGUCGUGCAGGAUGUGCUGAAGGAAGUGGAGGUGCAGGAGCCGAGAUUCAUCUCGUCCCUGACGGAUUACAACGGCCGAUUCGACGGCCUCGACGUCAUCUCGCCGACGGAGUUCGAGAUCGUCAUCUAUCUGAAUCAGAUGGGCGUGUUGAACUUUGUGGACGACGGCACCCUGCCGGGCUGCGCCGUGCUGAAGCUCAGCGACGGGCGCAAGAGGUCCAUGUCCCUCUGGGUGGAAUUCAUCACCGCGUCCGGUUACCUGUCGGCCAGAAAGAUACGCUCGAGAUUCCAGACCUUAGUGGCGCAGGCCUGCGACAAGUGCACGUAUCGGGAUUCGGUGAAGAUGAUCGCCGACACUACCGAGGUGAAACUACGGAUACGCGAGCGGUACGUCGUGCAGAUUACGCCAGCUUUCAAAUGUGCCGGACUCUGGCCCAGAUCAGCCUCCCACUGGCCGAUCGCGCAUAUACCUUGGCCGCACCCGAACAUCGUCGCCGAGGUGAAGGCGGAGGGCUUCGACAUGCUCUCGAAGGAAUGCAUAGGCCUGCAAGGUAAGCAGUCCGCCAUGGAGGGCGACGCCUGGGCGUUGUCGUUUAUCGACGCGGAGAAUCGAUUGUUGCAAGGCGCGAGUAGGAAGCGUUGCCUCAGUAUACUGAAGACUCUUAGGGACCGACAUCUCGACCUGCCGGGAAACCCGGUCACCAGCUACCACAUGAAGACCCUGCUGCUCUACGAGUGCGAGAAACACCCGCAUGAGGCGGAAUGGGACGAGGGUUGCCUGGCCGAGCGAAUAAACGGCAUUUUUCUGCAGCUAAUCUCCUGCCUGCAGUGCCGCAGAUGCCCGCAUUACUUUCUACCGAAUCUCGAUCUCUUCAAGGGAAAAUCGCCGAGCGGUCUCGAAAACGCCGCGAAGCAGGUGUGGAGACUCACCAGGGAGUUGUUGACGAACAGUCGCGCGCUCGAGAAACUGUAAUGACCGACGGCGCUGUGACUGAUCGUAGUAUGAUUCGUGAAACUGAUCUCGCAAAUCUUGUCACACGUUCCUGUAACUGCAGCGUCGAUGACUUCGACGCGCGAGUAAGAUACGUUUCUAAUCGUAUAACGGCCGUGCAAGGACUGCGCGAGAAUCGUCGUGGACUGGAAGACUCAGUGUACGCGAGAGAGGCUUUCGGGCUUACGAAAAAGAGAAAUGGGGUUCCUCUUGGUUCUUGCCGCCAUCCAACGUACUGCCGAGUCAUCGGGAAAUCCGAUCUGCAUUUUCCUGGAUUUCGCAGAUCUGAAGAUUACACAUGUUUUCGAUGUUCUCCGAAGAUAUUUAGUGUGUGCCGGAAGCAAUUCUCGCGAGAUUAAUCACGCGCAUAUGUGAUGUUUGGUGAACACGUGAUUGGCUCUCGCAGACGAUCGAAUUAGUGCCAUAAAUAAUCUCUUCGACGUUAGAGACAGAUUUCGUUUCUACUGUCGGCGCGAAAUAUAAAGUAAAUAUAUUAUAGCCGCAGAAAAUUAUCAUUCAGUUGCAACGGCGGUUUGCAACGCUGUGACAAUGGCGCGUAAAGAACAACCUUUAACCUGUGGUACGGAAAUCUUACUGUUGAGUGAAAAACCUACUAUUCUCCGCGUUUGACUCUUUAAGAUUUUUAAAUCUACGUCCUAUGACUCAGAUUUUAGUGACGAAAACUGUUUUCUACAACGUUCCUUAAUUUCUAAUAUGGUUUUUACUUCGAAGCUCGUAAGCUUUUCGCGAUAGUCUUAAGCCUGAGACUGCAAGCACUGCCAUAUCGACACUUAAAGAGUUGACGCGACUAAUUAGUUUAAUGAUGUCUUCUUAACAUGCUGAAUAGUAUGUUUGUUCUACAGUUUUUGUGUGAUCGCGACCACGGUUAAGGGUUUAUCGUUUCUCACUUAGGUCCCUCGCGCGACCUCCGCCGCCUAUGUAAAUAAAACUUGAAAGAUAUUUAUUGAACUGUAACGAAAUGUGAAAUAUAAUGCUAUUUAUAUGGAAGCC